GAAGGAGGUUUCUCGCAGCCGGCUGGAAGCAAACAUACACGGGGAGCGGACUUGAACACAGUACAAGAAUAAGCUACACAAUGUGCCACAUAGCGCAGUGCUGCUGACCCCCUCCGUGGUCGCGGUGGUGUGAGGUUAAGCCAUGCGGGGCUUUCACUCCAAGCUGGACGGGUCGUCGUCGUCGUCGUCGUCUCACGGCCUGGCGGUGCCGGCGCUGAGCCUGGCGGUGGAGACGGAGAAGGCCCAGGCGCUGCUGCAGACGUUCAGCACGGCGUCGCUGCUGGCCAGCGCGGGGCUCGGACUCUUCUGCCCGCUCGCCGACCACCUGCUCCAGACGCCGUUCGUGCUGCAGCACGUCUGGCUGCGCGCGCUGCUGGACAACGGCGUCCACGGCAUCAUCGGACUCUGGUCCUGGGCCAUCGUCAUCGGCCUGCGGAAGAAGAGCGACUUCUACGAGGUGGCUCUGGCCGGGUUCCUGGCCUCAGUCAUCGACCUGGACCACUUCUACCUGGCCGGAUCGCUGUCACUCAAAGCGGCGCUGAACCUGCCCCAUCGGCCGCCGCUGCACUGCUCCACGCUGAUCCCGGCGCUGUGCUUCUCCCUGCGCCUCCUGAUGGUGGCGCUGCGGCUCAAGGACUCGUGGUGCUCGCUGCCCUGGAUGCUGUUCGUGGCGCUGGCGUCGCACCACGUGCGCGACGGCACCCGCCACGGCCUGUGGCUCUGGCCCGCGGGCCACACGGCGCCCCUCUCCCACUGGCUCUACGUGGGCAUCACCGCCACCCUGCCGCACCUCUGCUCCGUGCUCAUGUACCUGACCGGCACGCGCGACAUGAUCUCCACCAAGCACGGCGUCGCCAUCGACGUCUAGAGAGAGAGAGAGAGCCGCGGGUGAGCCGUGUGUGAGCCGCGUGUGAGCCGUGUGUGAGCCGUGUGUGAGCCGCGUGUGAGCCGUGUGGCCGGAGGGAAAUGGAGUCUUAUGUAUAAUAUACACACACGCACACACAUACAUACACACACACACAUACGUACACACACGCGCGCACACAUCAGAGUGACGUGAUCUCCACCAAGCACGGCGUCGCCAUCGACGUCUGAGAGAGAGAGAGCCGCGGGUGAGCCGCGUGUGAGCCGUGUGGCCGGAGGGAAAUGGAGUCUUAUGUAUAAUACACACACACACACACACGCGCUCACACACAUACGCACACACACAUACGUACACACACGCACGCACACAUCAGAGUGACGUGAUCUCCACCAAGCACGGCGUCGCCAUCGACGUCUAGAGAGAGAGAGAGAGCCGCGGGUGAGCCGCGUGUGGGCCGCGUGUGAGCCGUGUGGCUGGAGGGAAAUGGAGUCUUAUGUAUAAUACACACACACACGCGCCGCUCACACACAUACGCACACACACAUACGUACACACACACACGCACGCACACAUCAGAGUGAUGUUGGAGUGAGAGUUGGGGGGGGGGGGGAUGGAGAGAGCAGGUGAGAAAAUGAGGUCCGAUAAGACACACACACACACACACACACACACACACACACACACACUCUCUCUGAUGUUGAAGUGAGAGUGGGGGCGUGAAGACAGCUGGUGAGAAAAUGAUGUCAGAUAAGAAACACAAGCAGACACACAUACACACACAUGCAUGCACGCACAUGCAAACACACACACACACACACACACACACACACGCACACACACCUCAGCUCCAGGAACACGACGUGUCGGUGGAGUGGGCAUUCACAGAGCAGAAGGGACAAAGGGGCCACCAUCUCCAAUUGGAGAAGAGGGCUUGUACACUAUAGACACACACACACACACACACACACAAACCCAGGUCCACAUGAUGAGUGAGCAGUGGUCAAUGGAGUGGGGAUUCACAUAGCAGAGAGGACAGCGGGACAGUGAUCUCCAAUUUGACGCUGGCGCGCACACACACACACACACACACACACACACACUCCCACAUACACAACACACAUACAUGCAUUCACCUGUGCGCUCUCAUGCCCAUAGACUUUAUGGACGAAUGAGACAGACCAGCGUACCUGCAUUCAUUUCCAGGGACCGCUACACCUGGCCAACGAUGCCUCCCUUUCUUCCUCCUCCUCCUCCUCCCUUUCCCUCUCCUCCUCCUCUUCCUCCUCUUCCUCCCUUUUCCUCUUCUCCUGCCCCUCCCUUUUCUCUAAGCCUCUCAGUGGAAGAGGACUUCCUCUCUUUUAAACGACAAAAAAAAAAGCUUUUUUCCCCCCCUGCUGUAGACCAUCUCGUUCAGAUGGCCUGUCCUCCUCUUGUGUCUUAGGCUGCUGUUGACCUCACAGCUGGUCUGGACUGUUCUCUGUACGUAUUUGUACGUGACGUUGGCUCUUUUAAAAAAAAAAAAAAAAAUCUUUUUCUCUCUUCCUUAAAACUUUUUUUGGAGCUUUCAAAGCACCAGAGCAGAAGUAUAGCGUUGCGUUCUUCAUCUCUAGCUAACGGCCCUGAAUCAUGAGCGGAUUGACCUCGGUGUGCCCAGACUAGAGUGUAAAAGUCCGGCUUCAGAAAGUAAAGUUAAGUUAAGUUAAGGCAAGGCAGGUCUAAACCAAGGAUUAACGAGAAGAUUCUAAAACUUUGUAACUGCGACUAGGCGGCUUGCAACGGCUGACAACGACGUGCAACAUUUAACUCACACCGCCGCAAGUCCUUCUGCAACGGUUUCGUCUGGUCUCGACUCUUUGGUGUGAAUUGGGCCUAAAAGAAAGUAGAAACCAACCACUCACUGAAUUAUGUGAUUCUAAUUAGUACAGCACUUCAGCCAGGUAAAAUCACCUGUGCUAGGCGCACAGGUAGAACCAACAAACACACAGUAGGACUUUCAUUUCCUGAAGCCGGACUUUCAUGAACACCUCUGGUCCAGACACGGCUGAGUUGUGGAGCAAAGUGUAAAUACCUGCAGCACCGACGGAAGGUGCUGUUGCUGGUAGACAAGACGUUAGGUGGGCAAGGGCCAGUCUCUUAGUGCUUUGUUUGCUAUCCUCAGGCCAGGUUAAGGGGAGAUGCGUGUACCUGUCAUCUUUUAAUAGGCAGUUUUUUAUUCAUCGUCUCCGGGGUGCUGCUGAAAGGAGUAUCAGUGUAAUUGGCUGGCGGCUGUGAGCGUGUGUGAGUGUGUGCGUGUGUGCGCGUGUGUGUGUGUGUGUGGCACGAAGUCAUUCCGUAACUCAAUUCAUUAAGAAGGCGAAGAUGCAGCCAAGAUUUCCACAGGCGUACGGUGUUGUCUGUGCCAGUGGGUGGGGGGUGUGGGAGUACUCCAUAAUUGCUUAUGUUUGGUCCAUUUGAGUUCUGGAAGGAGCUGUGAUGGGAGUUACAAAACACUAACGUGCAGGGAGAGAGCCGCAACCACUGUCCUUGCUAUUCUCUGUCUCACCUGCAGAGGGAGCUAGUCAAUCACCGCUGUGUAUAAGCAGCUCUAUCUUUGGGCAAUUUCACUUUCAGUUUGAAGUGCUAUUUUUUUGUAUCUGUGUAUUUUGUAGUAUUUUAACUUAUUAUUUGCAUUUUGCACACCUGUCACCAUACUUGAACUUGUUUUUUAAUUUAAAGCUUUAAUUUAUUUUAUAAUAUACAGGUAUGAAUAGUUAUUGUAAUGGAAUAAGUGUCAUUGUAAGUCACUAUUAUGAUUUUUUUCUUAAAUAAAUUUCACCCCUUGAAUAUGA